ACCCAACCUCCAGUGCCCUCGUUCUUCUCAAUUCCAUCACCAACCCGAAUCAUCACAAUGAGAAUUUCCGAGGGUUCUCCAUAUCCUCCAAGCAAAUCUGACAUUUCAGAGGUCACGCGCGAUCUUGAGAAGGAAGAUGCAAUCGAUAAACUGUCACUUCUUCCCAACCCUCUCUCUCGCCCUCGAUAUCUGACUCCAUCUGGCUUUAGAGAUGUCGCAGAAGAGCCUGGACUACCGAAGCCGAAGCCGGCUUUUCAGCAUUGCGCGUACUAUAAGCUACCACCCGAUGUCAGAAGAUACAUUCUGAUACUGGCUUUCGGCAAUCGUCGUCUCCAUAUGGACUUCUCUUACGAUUAUCCCGACAUGUCUUCGGAUCUCAUUCAACCGUUGGAUAAGAACCACUGUGGUAUCGUCAUGGAGAACAUGUAUGGCGACAAACUACGAGUCGUCGAUGAUACGAAGCCGAGGUCGUGGAUUUGGUGGGGAUCUGUCUGCCAUCGACUCCCGCCAGACAUUGAUCUAUCGCGAACAGGCCCAAUGACCCAUGGAGGACCUGAUGGUCCCUGGGCUGAUACCUGUCGUGUCGGUGAAGCCCGCCACUGUGAUUCUUGGCCAGGCUCGUUCCCUGCAAAGUGUCGCAUCGGUGCAAUAGGAUGGCUCUUAUCUUGUCGUCAGAACUAUGCCGAGGCUAUUGACAUGCUUUACUCUAAAAACACCAUCAUCAUGGCCAACGAAGCAAUGAUAACACAUCUUCCUCAGCUCCUAUUACCGCAGCGCCUCGCAUCCAUUACAUCACUUGAGAUCAGCUGGAAAUUGAAGUCUCGAGACAAGAACGAGUUUCGAAAUGUCAUUGAUGAGGCCGAUUUGAAGAACCUAUGUGGAACAAUAUCCACCCAGUUCCCGCAGCUACGUCGUCUUUAUUUAUCUCUCGAGCCCUUAUUAAGGCAUCUUAGAUCACGCUGGGGCUCUGAUGCUUGGCCAACCAUCAGCGUUCAUCUGGACAACCUUGCGCGAAUGAUGCCGUCUCUGGCAGAACAUGCCGUCUCGCUGCCUGAUGUACCAUUCGACUCUAUCUUUUACGACGCCAGAAAGACAGACUUUGGAUCGUAUUCAGAAAUAUGCCGUUCUUAUAAUCAGAUCUGGCGAUCUGCUGACGGCGAAAUGGAUGUCAUUCGUCUUCCGUAUGUGGACAGCUAUCCAAAGGUCCCCUAUCACAUACCGUUCCCAACCUCCAAGUACAAAGGUUACUGGAUCCUUAAGGAAAGCAACAGGUUCAGCGUGCUCUCUACCGAUUCGUCCCCGAUAAGGGGCCCUUGCGUGUCUCACUAUGAUUCUGAUCUUGAGUCUUAUGAACUUGCAGACCCUCUGGAACUUGAUGACAUGAUUUGAAAACCUGGCUUGCAGACCAAGGAGGUUUUGUUUUGAUGUGGUCUUCUGGUCAUAUUAGCGCUCUUCCGCUUUAUCACUUAUGAAUGGCGUUUUCGAGACCUGUAAAUUUGCUAGCUCAGCUUAGUUUCAUUACCGAAAUGGAGAAUUAGGCAUCCGUUGUCAAAUCGAUUUAUGCCAG